AAAAUCAUUGGCAGCCAACCCCAACAGCGCUUACGACAGUCAGUUGGGGUCAAAGGGAGAUAUAUCGGGUGGCUGCCGAGCCACCAGGGAACGCCAGCACUAGUCGUAGACGAUCAGCCAACCUCUUCACACGUUCUUCGAUUCCGCCUCCUGUUAGGUUCGUCGCACAGUGGUUACAAUUGCAAGUAACCCACCGUCAUGGGGGAUGCAGAGACACCGGCCCCUGCAGCCGCAGCGGGAGAUGCGCCGCCCGCAGGAGAUGCGCCCGCGGCGGACGCCAAGCCUGAGGAAGCCGAGCCCCCACCGCCACAGAGCCGAGAAAAUAUUGGAGACAAGAGACUCGUUUGCAGACACUGGGUUAGGCCAAAAUUCGCCCAGUACACUUAUCUUUACGACUACCAGAGGAACUACUACGAUGAUCUUAUAAACUACUUGGACAAACGCAACCACGGCAUACCAGUCGAGAGGCCGACUCCGCAGACGUGGGGAGAGCGCGCCCUCCGCACCUACAUGUCUAGGGGAUACAGCUACAGCUUCAAGAAAUACGGCAGAGACACCUCUCUCAUGUCGCACAUCUCCGUCGGCGCCAAGUUCCAGCGAACCCAUACCAAGUCCCUUAUCUCGAGGAAGUAUUCCAAGCUUGGAAUUAGUAACGCUGUAUACCUAUAGCUUCGCACUAACACACGCUUGCAGUUGCUACGCGGACCCCGUCUUCGACUCCCAUCGUGAACUUUGUGUCAAUGUUACAGGAUUUCCUUGUCGUGAUCCGACACCCGGCGCUCGCUUUAGAAGAACGACCGACACGACUGUGUGACUGAGAGUCGUCCGCAUUCCUCUCUCGAUGUCUUCUUAUUUGAAUGAAGAAUAAAUCUUAAGUUUAUAA